AUGUGCGAGCUACCCUUGCGUGAGGCCUGUGGUACCCCGAGAGGGACCUCGCGGGCCUCCCGUCUGUAUCGACGUACGCGGACAAACGAGUGUGCUGCCCGGAGAUGGCGGGAAGCAGGAACACUGUUCGAGCUCCGUGCGCUACCACGCGGUUCGGACGCCGCAAAUAACAUCACUAGUAGGGUUGAGGGCGGGGCUAGAAACGGCCUAUACCUGCCCGAUUCGAGACCUCGGCCAAGUCGACCUGUGGGGAAAAGGCAGGGUGUGGUGGAGGGGCGCACCAAAUCUCGCACGAAGUUGACAACAAUGCUUCGUGACUCGGGGAGCGGGGACUGGAGAAAAGCCCUCAGAGCUCUAGAUGGGAUGCGGCAGUUGCCUGGCGGGCUCCUUGAUCAAGAAUCGUUCUGCAUGGCCAUUACUGCGUGUGGGAGGGGUAAGCAGUGGGAACAGGCUGUGAGGCUACUGAGAGAGAUGCCAACGGCAGGGCUAACCCCCAACCUCAUCAGCUACAACGCAGCUAUUGCUGCGUGUGCAAAGAGCGGACAAUGGAAGGAGGCCCUGGUGCUACUGAAGGAGACAACUGCGGUAGGGCUUUCCCCCAAUGUCAUUAGCUACAACUCGGCCAUCGGCGCUUGUUCUAGAGGAGGUCAGUGGAAGACGGCCUUGGUGCUCUUGAAUGAGAUGACCACGGUAGGGGUUAUCCCCAAUGUCGUUAGCUACAACUCGGCCAUCGGCGCUUGUUCCAGAGGAGGUCAAUGGAAGACGGCCCUCAUGCUACUGAAGGAGAUAACCACGGUAGGGGUUAUCCCCAAUGUCAUUAGCUACAACUCGGCCAUCGGCGCUUGCUCCAGAGGAGGUCAGUGGGAGACGGCCCUGGCGCUACUCAAUGAGAUGAACACGGUAGGGCUAACGCCCAAUGUGGUUAGCUACGCUUCGGCCAUCGGCGCUUGUUCCAAAGGAGGUCAGUGGGAGACGGCCCUGUCGCUACUGAAGGAGAUGACCACGGUAGGGCUUACCCCCGAUGUCAUUAGCUACAACUUGGCAAUCGGCGCUUGUUCCAAAGGAGGUCAGUGGGAGACGGCCCUGUCGCUACUGAAGGAGAUGACCACGGUAGGGCUUACCCCCGAUGUCAUUAGCUACAACUUGGCAAUCGGCGCUUGUUCCAAAGGAGGUCAGUGGGAGACGGCCCUGUCGCUACUGAAGGAGAUGACCACGGUAGGGCUUACCCCCGAUGUCAUUAGCUACAACUUGGCAAUCGGCGCUUGUUCCAAAGGAGGUCAGUGGGAGACGGCCCUGUCGCUACUGAAGGAGAUGACCACGGUAGGGCUUACCCCCGAUGUCAUUAGCUACAACUUGGCAAUCGGCGCUUGUUCCAAAGGAGGUCAGUGGGAGACGGCCCUGUCGCUACUGAAGGAGAUGACCGCGGUAGGUGUUUUCCCCAAUGUGGUUAGCUACAACUCGGCCAUCGGCGCUUGCUCCAGAGGAGGUCAGUGGGAGACGGCUGUGGCGCUGCUGAAGGAGAUGACCACGGUAGGGCUUUCGCCCAAUGCGGUUAGCUAUAAGUCGGCCAUCGGUCCUUGUUCUAGAAGUGGCCAGUGGGAGAAGGUCCUGGUGCUAUUCAAUGAGAUGAUCGCGGUAGGGCUUACCCCCGAUGUCAUCAGCUACAGCUCGGCGAUUGGCGCUUGUUCCAAAGGAGGUCAGUGGGAGAAAGCCCUGGUGCUACUAGAAGAGAUGAUCGCGGUAGGGCUAACCCCCAAUGUCAUUGGCUACACCGCAGUUAUUCACGCUUGUUCCAAAGGAGGACAGUGGGAGAAGGCCUUGGCACUGCUGAAGGAAAUAACCGCGGUAGGGCUUACCCCCGAUGUCAUUAGCUACACCGCAACCAUUGACGCUUGUUCUAGAGGAGGUCAGUGGCAGACGGCCCUGGCGCUACUGAACGAGAUGACCACGGUAGGGCUCACCCCCGAUACUAUUUGCUACAGCUCGGCCAUCGAUGCGUGCGCAAAGGGCGAGCAAUGGGAGGAGGCCUUGGCCUUGCUGAAAGAGAUGACCACCUUGGGGCUUACCCCCAAUGUCAUUAGCUAUAGCUCGGCCAUCGACGCGUGCGCUAAGGGCGAACAAUGGAAGGAGGCUCUGGCGCUACUGAAGGAGAUGGUCGCGGUAGGGCUUCCCCCCGAUGUUAUUAGCUACACUUCGGCCAUCGACGCUUGUUCCAGAGGAGGUCAGUGGGAGACCGCCCUGGCGCUACUGAAGGAGAUGGCUGCGGUAGGGCUUACGCCCAAUGUGGUUAGCUACGCUUUGGCCAUCGACGCUUGUUCCAAAGGAGGUCAGUGGGAGUCGACCCUGUCGCUUUUGAACGAGAUGACCGCGGUAGGGCUUACCCCCGACGUCAUUUGCUACAACUUGGCAAUCGGCGCUUGUUCCACAGGAGGCCAGUGGGAGAUCGCUCUGGCGCUUUUGAACGAGAUGGCUGCAGUAGGGCUUACCCCCAAUGUCAUUAGCUACACUUCGGCCAUCGACGCUUGUUCCAAAGGAGGUCAGUGGGAGUCGGCCCUGUCGCUUUUGAAGGAGAUGACCGCGGUAGGGCUUACGCCCAAUGUAAUUAGCUACAACGCAGCCAUCAACGCUUGCUCCAGAGGAGUUCAGUGGGAGACGGCCUUGGUGCUACUGAAGGAGAUGACCACGGUAGGGCUCACCCCCAAUGUCAUUAGCUACACCUCGGCCAUCGACGCGUGCGCAAAAGGCGACAAUUGGAAGGAGGCCGUGGCACUUUUGAUGGAGAUGACCACGGUAGGGCUUACCCCCAAUGUCAUUAGCUACAACGCGGCCAUCGACGCUUGCUCCAAAGGAGGGCAGUGGAAAAUGGCCCUGGCGCUACUGAAGGAGAUGGCCGUAGUAGGACUCACCCCCGAUGUCAUUAGCUACACCGCAGCUAUUGACGCUUGUUCCAAAGGAGGUCAGUUGGAGACGGCCCUGUCGCUACUGAAAGAGAUGACCGCGGUAGGUGUUUUCCCCAAUGUGGUUAGCUACAACUUGGCAAUCGACGCUUGUUCCAAAGGAGGUCGGUGGAGGACGGCCCUGGCGCUUUUGAAGGAGAUGGCCGCGGUAGGGCUUACGCCCAAUGUGGUUAGCUACAACUCGGCCAUCCACGCUUGUGCCGAAGGAGGUCAGUGGAAGGAAGGUGUAGUUCUACUGGAGAGUAUGCGCAGGUUGGGAGUUGUCCCCGACGUCAUCACGUACCACGCCCUUAUCAAAAUGUGCGCCAAGUAUGGUGACUAG